GUCGACUUCUACAGCCUGCUCGGGCUGGAGCGCGACGCGUCGGGCGAAGACAUCUCGCGCGCUUUCAAGCGGCUUGCGAAGCUGCACCACCCUGACCGCAACCCCGACGACGCGGCGGCCGCAGCCGCUCGAUUUGCCGCGAUCCAGGAGGCCCACGAGUGCUUGAGCGUGGCCGAGAGGCGGCUCUGCUUCGAC